CACCCUGAGAUCGUCGGCUGCAAAGCUGUCCCACGGCAAUCUCGAUGGCCUCGGCCUCGUCGCCUCGUCACCCGGCGUCGACCACACCUUCACGGGUCUGGGCCAGGUGCUACUGCCGGUGCUGACGCUCAACCGCGCGGGUGCCAUCGACGGGCUGGCGUCCGUGUUCACCAAGACGGUGGUUCGCAUCUUCCGGCCUGUUCGAGAAGAACGCGCUGGGGGGGCGUUGGACGAGCCGCGGAAGCUGCAGCAGAAGGCGGCCGGCAGGCGAGAAGAUGGUGGGCAAAUCGGGCGGCAUCGGCGUCAAGGAACGCAAUUCGAGGCUUCGAGGCUUCGGCGACAGCGAUGGCGGCAGGGUCUCGCUGCAGGGCGGUUUUUGGGCGACGCCGAGUUGGCGAAGUGGAAGGAUGCGCUUGAUGGAUUGGAGGCCGUUGAGAGGACGCUGUGA